AGGAGAUGACCAGAGACUGCAGACAUAGUACAGGAGAUGACCAGAGACUGCGGACAUACUACAGGAGAUGACCAGAGACUGCAGACAUAGUACAGGAGAUGACCAGAGACUGCGGACAUACUACAGGAGAUGACCAGAGACUGCAGACAUAGUACAGGAGAUGACCAGAGACUGCGGACAGUACAGGAGAUGAUCAGAGACUGCGGACACAGUACAGGAGAUGACCAGAGACUGCAGACAGUACAGGAGAUGACCAGAGACUGCGGAAAUAGUACAGGUGAUGACCAGAGACUGUGGACAGUACAGGAGAUGACCAGAGACUGCAGACAUAGUACAGGAGAUGACCAGAGACUGCAGACAUACUACAGGAGAUGACCAGAGACUGCAGACAUAGUACAGGAGAUGACCAGAGACUGCGGACACAGUACAGGAGAUGACCAGAGACUGCGGACACAGUACAGG